UCUGUAGAGCACUUCAUUUAGGAUAAAUAUUUAUAAAGACAGGCAGAGCUGUUUGUUGGAAAACCUUUUUCACUGUAAAAGCUAACAGUUACAGGAGUGGGUCUGAAUGAGUUCGUUCGGAGAGCGCUACUUUAGAAAUGCAGCUGCAAGGAGAAAUUGACAGUUGCCUUUUGGCCAGGUGUUAUCUUUCACCCAGCACACAAAAUGUCUAGCUGACAAAACAAAAUGAAAUUCAGUGUCGUAGACAAUCAUGACGUUACUUUUAUAUAGUGUAUCACCAUCAAAAUCAGUUUAAAAUUUGCAGCUUUAUUCCUCUUCCAAACUAAGAUUUGAAGCUGUUUAUCUGCAAGCAGUUUGUAAACCAGCCUAAGCUGAAUUUUACAAGAUUUGAUAAGGAGGAGAUAAGGAGCAUGGGUAAAAUGCAGGAGCAGAAAAAUGUCGCCACUUAUUUGGAUCACUUUGUUUAAAACGGCGAAAUAAACCCCCUGGUUUGGUGAGGGGCUGCAAUUUAAGACCCCUUCUGGUGUUUCUGUUUGGCUGCAAAGUCUUGGUGUGCGUGUGAUUCCCACAGCUGUUCUCACCUGUCCCCAUGCACUGACGUCAUUCUGGCUAUCCUGAUGAUGAUGAUGUCAGGGUUUCCUGUCUGGCUGAGUAAGACCAUCGUGAGUUUAUGCUUUUAGCAGCAGCGUGUCUGAGUGAUGGAGGGAAGUGUCUGUGGCAGUCUAGUUUCUAAUACGUCAAGCACACUAUAGGGUCGAGCUGUGAGUGUGUGCGUGUGUGCGUGUGUGUGUGUGUGUGUGUGUGUGUGUGUGUGUGNGUGUGUGUGUGUGUGUGUGUGUGUGUGUGUGUGUGUGUGUGGAGAGCUUUAUAUAGCCACACUUAUCCAGGAAGGAGGAUUGCCCUGCGUGCCGUUGACCAUAUUUGAACAGUGCGUCUGCUGAAGGCGGUCUGCACACACUGAACUCAAUCUUAAACAUCUCUCCUUCAUUUCUAAGCUUGUGUGUGUGUGUGUGUGUGUGUGUGUGUGUGUGCGUGCGUGCGUGUGCGCGCGCACUGUUAGCAUUGUAGUUGCACUGAGUUACCACUACCAGGCAAUGUAGCACUUAGUCUGACAGCCGACUGGUCCCGACUCACAGAGAAAACCUCUCUCUCUUUUUUCCCAGCACUUUCUGGUUUCUUCUUUCUGACAGUCUGUUCAGCUGACUGACAACAUCCACUCUCUUCAAGCCCUGUGGAGGAAACUACUCUGCUUUACUUCCUUUCUAAUCUCUAAACUCUGUGCUGAUCCUCCGCUAGGAUCCAUUUGUAGGCAGUGGUUGUGAGUGGAAGGUUAACUCCUUUUUGUUUUAGUUUUUUUUAGUGUUGCGUGUGUCCAUGUGUGUGUUCGAGCGUGUGUGAGUCAGUAUGCCAUGUCGUCCCCUGGCUCGUCGUUUGUACAGAUAAAGCAUGACGACUUGCUUUUCUACGAGAACUGUGGAGGAGGCAGCUUUGGGAGUGUCUACAGAGCUCUGUGGAUAUCCCAAGACAAGGAGGUGGCUGUGAAGAAACUUCUGAAGAUCGACAAAGAGGCAGAGAUUCUCAGUGUACUGAGUCACAAGAACAUCAUUAAGUUUUAUGGAGCCGUCCUGGAACCUCCCAACUAUGCCAUUGUUACAGAAUAUGCAAGUGGGGGGUCUCUGUAUGAAUACAUUUCCAGUGAGCAGAGUGAGGAGAUGGACAUGGAACAGAUCAUGACAUGGGCUAUACAGAUAGCCAAAGGGAUGCAUUACCUCCAUGCAGAAGCUCCAGUGAAAGUGAUUCACAGAGACCUUAAGUCGAGAAAUGUGGUAAUGACACAAGAUAAAGUGCUAAAGAUUUGUGACUUUGGAGCAUCAAAGUUUUUGUCUCACACCACUCAUAUGACCGUGGUGGGCACUUUUCCAUGGAUGGCUCCUGAAGUUAUUCAGAGCUUACCUGUUUCUGAGACCUGUGACACCUACUCAUAUGGUGUGGUCCUAUGGGAAAUGCUGACUCGGGAGGUUCCUUUCAAAGGUUUCGAGGGGCUGCAGGUUGCUUGGCUGGUGGUGGAAAAACAAGAGAGGCUAACCAUUCCCACCAGCUGUCCGGCAAGUUUUGCAGAGUUGAUGCGAAAAUGUUGGCAAGCCGAGCCAAAGGAUCGACCACAAUUUAAGCAGUUACUGUUAACUUUGGAGGCCAUGGCCAAYGACAGCAGGCUACCGGAUCAGUGCAACUCUUUCCUUCAUCACAAGGACCAGUGGAGGUGUGAGAUAGAAUCAACACUGGAGCGCCUCCGGAAGCUGGAGAGGGAGCUUUACUCCAAAGAGAAGGAGCUGGAAGAGAGGGAGAGGAGGCUCAGACUGUGGGAGGAGCGACUGAAGGAGAGRUCCAACAUGACUCCCAGUCCAACCUCUCUACUCAUGGAGCGUUCAAACAUUUCCCCUCAGUUCUUCACGCCGUUGUCGAUCGGCUCGUCUGGCUCGUUCUUCCGCUCCCACUCCCAGGACUCGAACAGCACGGGGCUCAGCAGCGCCGGGGUCAGCAGCGCCGGGGUCAGCUCGCUCUUCCGCACACUCAGCAAUGGAGACACAGAGAGGGGGAGCAGUGCCACCCUGGAGAGGGGGGUGGGCUCACUCGACAGCGGGAGGCUGCACGCCAUGCUCCGAGAGUUGCAGGGACGGUUCGAAGAGGAAGACGGGGAGGAGGAAGGAACCGUAGACGAGAAAGGUUGGGGGCAGAGGGAACACAGCAAUAGCGGGAGUCUCGAGGGAGGGCGGGUGCAAGUCACGCUCAGGAGCUUCCCRGGGGGUGUGGUGGAGAGGGAGGAGAGGACCUGGGAGGAGGGGGACCGAGAGAAAGGAGGCAUGCAGAGAAGCAGAGUGACCACCAUAGUCCGAGGGUACUCGGGAGGAUUUGGGGAGGCAGAGGAGGAGCACGAGAAGGAGGCAGGAUGGGAGAUCGACAAACUUGGRGACAGUUUAGAAGAGAAAGCGGGGGAGGGAGGGCGGCUGCAAACCAUGUUUAAGGGUCUCCAUGGAAGCUUUGGAGGUCUGGGGGAUAUGUUGUCUCUAGAUAUAAAUGAGAUGGGGGAGGUGGAGAAACUCGGCGACAUGGACAUGGACGUGAACAUGGGCGACCUGGGAGUGAUAAAGAUGAUGGGCCGUGGCGUCAGGAGCGAGCUAGGGGUCAGGAGUCGCAGGAGUGACAUGGGAGUUGUGAUCCAGGGGGUCAGAGGCGACCUCAGCGAGGCGGUCAGCCAAAAGGUCAGAGGCGAGGUGGGUGUCGCCGGUCGCUCCGGGAUGCAGGUGAGCAUGCGAUCCUCCUCCAAUCAGAACUCUGUGAAAAGCUGCAGCGUGCGGCACGGAAGCAAGCUCAACAUGGCUACUGCGGCCAUGGACAUGAUGGAGCUCGACUGGUCUGACAGCGACUAGAAACCACAUCAUCAGGCACAGUGAAAUACAAACAGUGGCCAAACUAGAARGGAUUUGGACUUGUUGGCACAUGCAGCAUCUGAGUUACAGAACCUGUCACAUCCUUAAAGGGGACAUAUCAUGCAAGAUCCACUUUUUUAGCACUGAAAUGCAUUUUGUUGCAUACUUUGAGUCUCUAGGAGUGCAGAAAAGUUCUGGUUCUGUGUAGACAUCUUUCAGGUUUCUCUAUUCCGUAUUAUAUAUUUUGAACAGUAACAUCAGUAUUUGUUGUGGAACUGUUAAACAAGACAUCCGGCUUACCAUUAUAGCAAAUCUGCAGCUCAGCAGGUUUGUUGUUCUUAUUCUCCUGUCGUUAGGUCAGACUCUGGCUCCAACAUGUAAAAGGCUGGAUGGACAAGUCUUCUGUUUUUGACAGCUUUUAAUCAAUUUGUAAAUUAAAAGUUUCAGUGCUGCAAGAUUGUUUCUCUAUCAAACUACAAAAAUGGCCAAAUGGGGUGGACAAUAAUCAUUGGGAGAGAGAGACCUGGAGGGGGCGGGGUUUAAGUGCCUCACUUGCAGAGACAGCACCAAAAUGAGUAGCUCUCAGGGGUAAAA